CCGACAAUCUGAGGCUAGCGCGCGCCAAGUGCAGUUGUAGUAUUCGUGUACCUUAAGUAUUAUUAUACGAUCGUCGAUCAAUAGAUCACCACCGCUGUCGGUUAUAAAUUACAGAACACUACAGUUACUACUGAUGGUGUUAUUAAUUUUGUUUUUUACUUAAAUAUUUUGACCGUUGGAAUCGUUCGUUUAAACGGGUUAUAUAUWUWUUUUUUUUUCAUAAAAUUACGAUUUAUCGUGGAUUAGAUCAAACGACAACAUGAUGGCUAAACGGAUUGUACAAACAAUAUUAAUACUGACAACUUUAGUAAGUUUCUAUAACAUAGUAGAAGCUGAAGAUAAGACACUAGUUAGAAUACGAAGAGAACCACCUUCAAAGUAUGGACCACCAAAACCAUCAAGACCCAGACCAAUUUAUGGACCACCAAAAUCUAGUGGUCGACCUAAACCAGUAUAUGGCCCACCACCAAAACCUAAAUAUGGACCUCCACCAAAGCCGAAAUACGGUCCACCCAAACCAAAUUAUGGACCACCAAAGCCAAAUUAUGGACCUCCAAAACCUGUAUACGGACCACCACCAAAGACAAAAUAUGGACCCCCUAAACCAGUAUAUGGCCCUCCAUCAAAACCAACGCAAUCUUACGGACCACCAAAACCAGUUUAUGGACCACCAUCAUCUGGAGCAGGAUUUAAACCAUCCACUUCAUAUGGAGUACCUCCAUCAUCGUCAUAUGGAGCACCUCCGUCAUCGUCAUAUGGAGCACCUCCGUCAUCGUCAUAUGGAGCACCACCAUCGUCUUCAUAUGGAACUCCACUAACCUCUUCAUAUGGAGCACCUCCAUCAUCGUCAUAUGGAGCUCCGCCGUCGUCUUCAUAUGGAGCUCCACCGUCGUCUUCAUAUGGAGCUCCACCAUCAUCUUCUUAUGGAGCACCUUCACAAAGUCAAUCAUCUUAUUUGAAAUCUUUUCCUUCCUUAACAUAUGAUGCUCCAUUGCUACCUUCUUCUUAUGGCGUAUCAUCUCCUCCCUCAUCAUCUUAUGGUGCACCAAUACGACCAUCGUCAUCAUACGGCGCACCUUCACAACCAUCAUCAUCGUAUGGUGCACCUUCACAACCAUCAUCAUCAUAUGGUGCACCUUCACAACCAUCAUCAUCAUACGGCGCACCAUCACAACCAUCGUCAUCAUAUGGUGCUCCAUCGCAACCGUCGUCAUCCUAUGGUGCACCAUUACAACCAUCGUCAUCAUACGGAGCACCAUCACAACCAUCAUCAUCAUACGGUGCACCAUCACAACCGUCGUCAUCAUACGGUGCCCCAUCGCAACCGUCGUCAUCAUACGGUGCCCCAUCACAACCGUCGUCAUCUUAUGGAGCACCAUCACAACCAUCAUCAUCAUACGGUGCACCAUCAAAACCUUCAUCAUCAUACGGUGCACCAUCGCAACCAUCGUCAUCAUAUGGUGCACCAUCACAACCGUCGUCAUCAUACGGUACCCCAUCGCAACCGUCGUCAUCAUACGGCGCCCCAUUGCAACCGUCGUCAUCAUACGGAGCACCAUCACAACCAUCAUCAUCAUACGGUGCACCAACACAACCUUCAUCAGCAUACGGUGCACCCUCACAACCUUCAUCAUCAUACGGUGCACCAUCACAACCAUCGUCAUCAUACGGUGCACCAUCACAACCAUCAUCAUCAUACGGUGCCCCAUCGCAGCCAUCGUCAUCAUACGGUGCUCCAUCACAAUCGUCAUCAUACGGUGCCCCAUCGCAGCCAUCGUCAUCAUAUGGAGUACCAUCAUCACCAUCUUCUUCUUAUGGAGCACCAUCACCACCAGCAACAUCUUAUGGGAUACCGACAAAUAGCUAUAACGCACAAUUUUCUAGUAAUUCGAUUUCAAUAACUCCUUCCGUUUCACUUCCUGUCCCAUCAAGUUCAUAUGGAGCACCUUCCAAUGGACCCUCGUCUUCGUAUGAUGCGCCAUCAAAUAUACCAUCAUCUUCAUAUGGCACUCCUUCUAAAGUGCCAUCAUCAUCCUAUGGCACCCCAACUUCUGGAUCAUUUAGUUCAUUUGGUUCUUCUUCUCAUAGUAACAACUUAGAUUCAUUUAAUAUAGGAAGUUUAUUUAAUUCCCGGACUCAAUUUAGUGCACCAAUACCUUCAAUUACCUAUGGUUUACCUAAAGGAAAUGGAGAUGUUCAAGGAUCUUACAGCAGCAUAUCAAACUCUGUUUCAUAUCCAGAACCCAGUUCUCAAUCAACAAUGGUUAACUCAUAUGGAGAACCAACUAAUAACAGAGAUUUAAGCCAAUCAUCAGAAGACUCAUUUCACGUAGUCAACUCACAAUACAAUACUCAGAGUCCAGAUACACACACAACACCAUCAAAUAUAUUACAAAGACGCCACAAAGAAUCUUUAGAAAGUACUGAUAGCGUGUCAUCUUCAAAUUUAGAUGAAAAACUGAAGGGUAAAAAAGUAGUUGUAAAUGAUAAGCUAAAUGCGUACCUAAAAUACAUAGCUAAGAGUACACAAAAGCCAGAUAUAGGUUUUCAGGCACCUAAAAAGACUAUUAGUUUUAACUACGAAGAAUCACCAUCUCAAGUAAACGAUAGUCUUGCUUCACUAAAUGAUAAUUCUCCAAUAAAUCAUAGAAGUAAUGAAUACAAUUCUGAACAAAAUUCAAGUAUUCAUACUUAUUCUGACAAUCAAUGGAAAAUCACUGAAAGUCUAUGAUGAUAAAAUUACAAAAUUCUGUACUUAAUACUGUUAUUUUAACGUGUUUAACUAUUACAAAAUAUAAAUAUGCAAUAUUAUUUUGCCUAUUCUCAAAUUUAGCUACAUGAAAAAUUAUUGUAGAUACAAAUAUAAUCAAGCAACCUAUUUUUUGCCAAUAUUUAAUGGUGAGUCAUUUAAAUUAUAU